UUCGAGUGGAGGACUCCUCUCCGCGUACUCCUGACGACUUGAGCCGCCACGAACAAGCGAAAAUGGCAGCGGGGAACAAGCGACGAGCUGCCGACGAGCCCGCCCCACGCCACCUGCGCCUUGCUUGAGGCUCCGCCGGCUGGGAGGAUAUUCCUGUUUAACGACGCCUGUUAGCUUGCCUGCCUGAAGGCUGGCUGGCUCACUAGCUGGUGGCUAGCGCGCCUCGUCGCGGCGUGGAAAGCCCCGCGACGCUGCCGCCACCGUUUCGGAGGACGACUCGGCUGCCUAUAAAACAGCCACUGGAGCCUUCAACCCCUUGAUGCGGAUACAUUUCUGUAAUUUUCUUCGUUUUCUCGCAGUUUAAAAAAAAAAAAAUUUUUUAAGCAGCGCCCAGGCGAGUUAGCCGCUAGUGUUGCCCAAGCUAAGCAGCCUACACAGCCUGUCUGCCUAUUGGUCUGUGCACCCUGUCACCCGCACGACUUGACUGAGAGUGUCUGAGUCGGGCAGCGGUUCCCUACCCGAUGCCGAGAGCCAGAAGAGGCUCCGUGGCUGAGGAGAGAAGGCUGGAGAUAAGUAGAUAGGACUGCACCCCUAACCACCACCUUUUUUUGAGAGUUCAAGUGAGCACCGUUUUUGGCAGGCCUCAUUAAAGAGAAACUUAAGAUGAAGAAGUUUUCCAGAAUGCCAAAGUCUGAGAGCGGAGGCCCUGGGGGAGCGUCCGGUUCUGGCUCCGGGCUCAACAGCUACUUCGGGAAAGUGUUCGCCGUCGGCCGGUAUCAAGUCACCGUGGAAGAGCUGGUAGCCGAGGGAGGGUUCUCGGUGGUUUUCCUGGCCCGCACGCACAGCGGCAUCCGCUGCGCCCUUAAGCGCAUGUACGUCAACAACGUGCCCGACCUCAACGUCCACAAGCGGGAGAUUACCAUCAUGAAGGAGCUGUCAGGCCACAAGAACAUUGUGGGCUACCUGGACUCGGCCGUCAACACCGUAUCGGACAGCGUGUGGGAGGUCCUCAUCCUCAUGGAGUACUGCAAAGCGGGCCAGGUGGUGAAGCAGAUGAACCAGCGUCUGAACGUGGGCUUCAGCGAGGCCGAGGUGCUGCGCAUCUUCUGCGACACGUGCGAGGCGGUGGCGCGGCUGCACCAAUGCAAGACGCCCAUCAUCCACAGGGACCUCAAGGUGGAGAACAUCCUGCUCAACGAUCAGGGCAGCUACGUGCUGUGUGACUUUGGCAGCGCCACCCACAAAGCUCUGCAGCCGCUCAAAGAUGGCGUGACCGCUGUGGAGGACGAGAUACGCAAGUACACGACAUUGUCGUACCGGGCGCCGGAGAUGAUUAACUUGUAUGCGGGAAAAGCCAUCACCACCAAGGCUGACAUAUGGGCACUGGGAUGCUUGUUGUACAAGCUGUGUUUCUUCACGCUUCCGUUCGGGGAGAGUCAAGUCGCCAUAUGCGACGGAACCUUCAUCGUACCCGACAACUCCAAGUUCUCCCUCAAGUUGCACUGCUUAAUCCGAUAUAUGCUCGAACCAGACCAGGAGGAGAGACCAGACAUCUACCAAGUGUCCUACUUUGCCUUUAAAUUUGCCGGAAAGGACUGUCCCGUGCCAAAUAUCUUUAAUUCUCCCAUCCCCACGUCAUUACCGGAGCCACUCACGGCCAGCGAGGCGGCCGCCAAGAAGAGCAUGACAAAAGCAAGAAUACGAGACUCGGUUGGCCCGACGGAGACCUCCAUUGCCCCCCGACAGAGGCCAAAGGCGGCCAACAGUAACGUCCUGCCCCUCGCCACCGUCACGCCUGUCAAGGUGACCGGGGCGCCUGCUGCGCCUGUCAGUAAUGGGCAGAAAGCGCCCACUCCUGGUUCAGGACAGCCUUGCGCGCAGCCACAGCAGCAGCCUGGCAGUCAGCAGCACAGAGUGCUGCAGCAGCUGCAGCCGGGCGACCUGCGCCUGCAGCAGCUUCGCCAACAACACCAACACCAACAAGCGCUGCAGCAGCAACACAUCAACGCGCAGCAACUCCAAUACCUCCAGUACCAACAGGCCGUGCAGCAAUCCAUACAGCUGCAGCAGCAGCAGCAGCAGCAGCAGCAAAUGAUGAUGCAGCUGCAGCAGCAGCAGCAGUCCACGUAUCAGCAGAGAGUCGCUCACGCCGCUCAGGCCCAGUACGCCGCCAUGCUGCAGGAGUACCAACAGGCUUUUGCUCAUCAACAUCAACAGCAACAUCAACAACAACAGCAACAACAACAACAUCAUCAUCAUCUCCCCACCUACAUGUCCUCCCCACUGGAGUUCCAGGUGCCUCUGGGCUCCUACAAUGCCACCACACCCACUUCCGCGACAGCCCACAUGGGGGCGCCCUCGCCUGCAGAGCCAGCCUACAACAAUCCCAGAACGCCUGUGCUGGCCUCGGACGGCAUCACCCCUCCCCCCCUGAGUGCCAGCCACCCUCCCGACAUGUCUCGCUGGAACCCGUUUGGCGAGGACAACUUCUCCAAACUGACCGAGGAGGAGCUGAUCGACCGCGAGUUUGACAUGCUCCGAGCAAACAACCCUGCGGAGAGAAGAGCCAGCACGGAGGCUGAGCGACUCCCAUCCGCCGAGCCCCUCCCGACCGAGGACCUGUUUGGCUCCGUGCCCUUUGUGGCCAGCGCAGGUUCCAAUGUAGCAGCAGGCGAUCCGUUGAAACCCGAAGUCGUCGUUUCCAUUCCAGCUUCUCUCGACGAUCGGUCGCCAGUUCCGACAGCCAAGGAGCACAAGUCCAUCAGGAGGGCCGACUAUUCGGACAGCGAUUUCGAGUCUGACCCUCCUUCGCCAAAAAGCAGUGAGGAGGAGGAAGAGCUGGUGGAGCCUGAGGAGUACGAAGGCACGAUCAGCGAACAUGGCGACGACACUGAGCCGGAGAAUCAGGGCCAGCGGCCCCUCUUGAUGGAGUCCGAAGAAGACGGCGAGGACGAUGACAAGUGUAGCUUGGACUCUGACGACAAGGCGAAGAAUCUCUCGCAGAAGGAAGUUGCUACCAAGCGGCGGAAUCGAGGCCAGUCUGGUCCAGUUCCGAUGGACCCUCGGGACUCCCUGGCCUCGGUGGACGUCUUUGGUGCCGUUCCCUUCCUUGGCGGGGACUCAGCGGUGGGAGAUAUCUUUGCCAAGGCGCCUUUCCGGCAAGCCAGCCUCGAACAGCCACCGGCUGACGAUUUCGACGUCUUCACCAAAGCGCCGUUCAGCCGGAAUCUCUCCAAGAACGCCGGUGGCCAGACUCCGCCCGUUUCCCCCGAGGGCGUGGACGUCUUCGGCUUCAGCCCCUUCCAGCCGGGCGUCCCAUUUCCUACCACAUCCAGGAGCGCCGAGGACAUUUUUCUACCAUCCGCAGAGGACUCGCCGCAGCAACAGAGGUUGAAACAGCGCAGCCUCCAGAAGCUGUCGUCGCGCCAAAGGAAAACCAAGCAGGAUGCCACCGGGACGGGCGGUGGAAAGCGGCACCACGGCACCCCCACGGGUGGAAGGAAAAGUGGAAAACCUGCCAAAGCCACAUUCCGUACCCCAGAGCGGGUCCGUAGGCACAAGAAAGUGGGCCGGCGGGACUCACAGAGUAGUAACGAGUUCCCAAGUGAUUCUAAAGAGAACAUCAGUGUGGAUGUGACCAUUGCAGAAGGGAAGGACAACAGUGCCCAACUCCAAAAGGAUGAGAUUCUGGACCCCUUUGGAGCUAAACCCUUCCACCCUCAGGACGGAGGACGGAACGGAGGCGCCUACCCGGGGGGCCUCCCUGAAAGCAAGAGUGACCUGGGCACAUCCUGGGCAGUGGCUCUUCACGGGGAUCGUAGCACCACCGACGAUUUUGGGGCAGUGCCUUUCACGGAAGUGGUGGUCUCUGCUGGGCCUCAGCAGCAGUCGCUGGAACUGGACCCGUUUGGCGCUGCACCGUUUCCAUCCAAGCAGUGACUCCCACAUCUCGCACAUGUUCCAUUAUGACAGGUCGUUGUCACAUAGCCCCUAAGAUUGUCCAGUCGUGGAACAAACGUCUGACUUCCUAAGACCACUCAAAUCCUGUGAAACGGCCUUGGAAGCCACAUAGCUGGUUUAACGCUAGAGAAACGUUAGCGACCCAACAAACUCUGAUUUUUAAUGUGUGACCACUUGCAAAUUGUAUUUUAUUUUUUUUUAUUUUUUAUAAAAGUGCCACCACGACAGUACUCUAUUGGGGGAAAGUAAAACCAUAGAAAGGAUGUCUUUGGGCUGACGUCCUUUGCGGUGCACGAGGAACAUUGGCAAGCCGACAAACUGUGAUUUCGAAUGAAAUCUUUUUAGGCUCGGUAUCUCGAGCCUAACAAGCCGAUAAACUGACUUGGAAGAUGCCACCACUCGUGACCCAAAUGUUUUUAUUUAGCAAGCGAUACCUUGACACUCUGACUGGAGCAUGCUUGGGUGGCUCUUUAAACCCACAGAGUGAUGAUUUAGGUUAACGACAACCGUUUGCUCGUGUACCUCCUGUCGAGAUUAUUCGGAACCCUUUGGGUCCAUGUCCAGGCUGGGGUGAUCCAGUCACCCCAGUGCAAAGUCCUGGGUGGUGUGGUGCACCUGUUAAGAAACCCAACAAAUGUGAUUUUGUAAUAUACUGGACGUAGCGACCAGCCUGUACAGGCAAGCCCACUUUACACGGAACCAAGAUUGUGUUGGAUCCCUUUGCGAGGCCCACAUGGUGCCAGACAGGCACUGCGAGUAGGAAGUUUUGGUGCACUGUCCUUUGCUACAUUUGAGAAACAAGUAACUCCUACUGUGAUAUCUAAUGCACAACUGCUCCAAUUCCCAUCAUUUUUGUUGUAUAAGCAGGACUCCACAAUGCCAAUUCCCGAGUUACUCUCUAAAACCAAUGGCCGAGGUCUUUAGGGCCAAGAUUUUUUUGUAAUAUUCAAGAACCAUUAGCAACCUUCCAGUUGUGAUUUCAAAUGUGCCACUCUUCCACUGGUAUUGCGCUGAGCGACCAGUCUGUUUUUAUUUAGGAUGUAGCACCGAAACAUGCUGACCAGAGGAUGUAAGACUGCCAAGAUUAUUUUGGGUUCCCCUGGGUGAAGGUAUCCAGGCCUCUCUGAGAUCAAUGUGGACCUGGAGACCACCGGGGAGCACUCCCAGGCGCCGCCUUUGGGAAAUCCAAAUGUUCUGGGCCCACCAGUGGGGUGUCUUCACCAGAAAUGUAAAACCAAGGGUGGACUUUGGGGUUCUUGCCUCCACUGAAGCAGUAGCAAGAUUGCCAAGACCACUUUCUGUGGAUAAAAUUAUUUUGGGUCUUGUUUUUCCUUGUCGGCCUGAAUCUAAGACAGACAUGUGAAACGUCACCACUGGAAAGUCCCAGUCUGCGCUUCACGGGGAACUAUAAGACCAUGGACAGGGUGCUUCCAAGAACCGGGACAAGAGGUAAUGCAAGGCGGCUAACGUCCAGCUUCUAAUCCCUCGUAUAGUUCCCUUCAUGUUCAGACUUGUGGUAGACAUCUUCCAAACCGGCUUUCACCAAUAGGUGACCCACUCGCACGCAAGUCUUCCUAAGGGCGGGGUGGGGCACCCAACACUGCCGACACCUCUUAAAUCCUGUGGAGAGACUCUGGAGUUUGCAUAUCGUUUUAGCUGUUUUUAUGCUGCAGAAGCGACCUUCUCCAAACUGUGAUUUUUUUAUGUGCGACUGUUCCGCUCACGUACGCUCUUUGUAUGACAGUGGUACCUUGACUUACGAGUGCCUGAAAGUUUCUCUAGUUGCAUGUUUAUUUUUUUGUUGACUUUGUGUUGUGAGCCAAAAUUGGAGUAUUAAAGGUACCGUAAUGUCCUCGCGCGUGAGCAAGGAGAGACGCUGUUUAUUUGAGCAAUUGCAAACAACAAAACUUGUAAUGCAAGGUACCACUGUACGUAUUUCGCACCGCAAAGCCUUACUAGCAUUUCUAUACGGGAGAGCCUUUGCUUGCACAGUACCUCGGGAAAAGUUUAACCACUUUUUGUUUUGUUCUUGAGGCCUCCCUCCUUCUUUUCUAUGCAUGUCACCAUGGACCAGAAGGGAUCGUUUCUUUUCCUCACGUUGGCUCUGGGAACUGUGGUGAUUUUUUGUGUGUGUGUGUAUUUAAUUUGGAACGUUUCUGCAACCACUCUCUCCCAAGUGCUCUAUUUUGAUUGUAAGACACAAUCCAAUAUUUGCAGGCUAAUGGGUUUUUUUUCUCUUUCAAAUUAUGUAUGGAAAAUGCUUGAGUUCAAAUAUAUUAUUUGAGAAAUUUGA